AUGGGACCGGAAAGCGGCUUUAUCCUCGCUCUUCUCUGUUGGGCGGUGGGCGAGGUGGCUGCCUACCCACCCUGGGAUUUCUCCUGGGGGGCACGGGCAGAACCCCAUGCCUGGUCCUGGGUGGAGGACCCCCAGUCUCGAGCCAUCUCCGGCCAGCAGCCAGUGGUGGUGCAGUGCCAGGAGGCUCAGCUCGUGGUGACGGUGCAUAGGGACCUCUUCGGCACCGGCCGCUUGGUCAACGUAGCUGACCUGACGCUGGGGCCGGCGGCGUGCAAACAUUCCUCGAUGAACCCUGCCCACAACACCGUCACCUUCACCGCCGGGCUCCACGAGUGCGGCAGCAUCGUGCAGAUCACACCGGACUCCCUCAUUUACCGCACGCUCCUCAACUACGACCCCAGCCCCGCCAGCAACCCCGUCAUCAUCCGCAGCAACCCUGCCGUUAUCCCCAUCGAGUGCCACUACCCCAGGAGGGAGAACGUGAGCAGCAGCGCCAUCCGACCCACCUGGGCUCCCUUCAGCUCCACGCUCUCGGCGGAGGAGAGGCUGGUGUUCUCCUUGCGCCUCAUGAACGAGGACUGGACUGCCGAGAGACCUUUCACUGGUUUCCAACUGGGUGACGUCCUCAACAUCCAAGCAGAGGUGGCCACCGAGAGCCACGUGCCGCUGCGGUUGUUUGUGGACAGUUGUGUGGCCGCCCUGAGCCCCAGCACCGACUCCUCACCCCACUACGCCAUCAUUGACUUCAACGGGUGCCUGGUUGAUGGGAGGUCAGAUGACACCAGCUCUGCCUUCAUCACCCCUCGGCCCCGGGAGGACAUGCUGCGCUUCAGGAUCGACGUCUUCAGGUUUGCAGGGGACACUAGGAACCUGAUCUACAUCACCUGCCACCUAAAGGUGACCCCAGCGGACCAAGCCCCGGACCCCCUGAACAAGGCUUGUUCCUUCAACAAAGCCAGAAACACCUGGGCACCCGUGGAAGGCACCCGGGACAUCUGCAGCUGCUGCGAGAUGGGCAACUGCGAGUCCUCCGCAUUCUCCCGGAGGCUCAACCCCCUGGACCGAUGGCCCAGCCGCCGCUUCCGACGCCAUGAUGCCAACGGGAAAGAGGCUGAAGCCGACGUAGUCAUCGGCCCCGUGCUCCUCUCGAGGGAUGCAGGCACUGUCGGAGAGCAGCAGGAGGGAGGUCAGGGUGGGGCGACAGCGGUGGCCAGCGUGGGGAUGGGGCUGAUGUACGUGGCGGUCGGUGUGGGGCUGGCCGGGGCUAUGCUGGCCGUCGGCGUGGGGUACAGGAGGUGCACCCGUGCCUCGGCGUGA